GGAGCGGGUGUCUUGUCUUUCGCAUGGUGAAAGCUCGAGUGGUCCAAGGUUCCUUCAGUCUUGAAACUUCGAAACUCAAACCCCAACCUAGAAAAGGAUGCUACAAUGUUCGAAAUUCUCAACUUAACACGCCCCCUUACUUCGCGACCUCCCACUACUUCAUCUACGCCUUUGGAAUCGAACUUCACUGCAUCCUUUUAUCUGAUUCAGCCUUACUAGUGACGACUCCUUCCACCUUACCACUACCCGCUGCUUUUAUUAACAUAAAUCUUGCUUGAUCUCGUACAGCAGUUCUUCCAUACCAACUUAGCUGCCCGGCGCUGCUAUUGGCAUAACACCAACCUCACGGGGGGCUAAGUCCUUCUCCAAAGAGCUGCCCAAACCUGGCUAGGUAUGGGACAGACUGAUUGCACCUACCAGGCACAGGACUUGUGCUCUGCUUUGUGGCGUGCUCUCUUCAGUGGGCGUGCUCCCAUAAGUACUGAAGGUGGCCAUCAUGGGAAUGGAAUUUGAGAUGAAGGGAAAGCAGCAAUCAAAUGUUUAUUACGUAAAUGCCCCGGUCCCUUGUGUGGUGGAAGAGAAUUAUGGAGGAUAUUUCAAUGAUCAUGAUGUUUCUGCACUGGCAGAAGAUCUUCAAUCUCAGGAAAGUGUAUAUGAAUCCUUCCUAAGAAAUGCUCCGAGUGAUACAACAAGAGCUUCUUCAAGUAACAAUUCUAGACACAAUCAUGAUCAUGUCUCGAAGGAAGCAGGAAGAAAUUCUUUGACAACCGCAAUAAUUGAGUCACAACUAUCUCGAGAUGAAGCUCUAGCUAGAGAACUGCAAGAGUUGGAGAAUCACCUUGCUAGUGCUUCCCUUGGUGGAAUUACUGGAAGAGAGGCUGUUCUUCAAGACACAGACCCCACACAAUCUUCCUCUGCUAAUCUUGAACUCAAUUUUGCAAGCUCGCCUGUUCAGGUUGCGCAGGAAGAUGGUAUCGACCCAGAUAACAUGACUUAUGAGGAAUUGCAACAGUUAGGUGAAGCUAUAGGUACUGAAAGCAAAGGACUAUCCGAUGAGCUUAUAUCCUUCUUGCCAACUUCAACGUACAGAAUUGGGUUAUUCUCAAAGAAAGAAAAACAUGAGGAAUGUGUGAUAUGUUAUAUGGCUUAUAAGAACCGAGAUAAGUUGAUGACGUUGCCUUGCAAACAUCAAUAUCACAAAACUUGUGUCACGAAAUGGUUAAAGAUCAACAAGGCGUGCCCAGUAUGCAAUGUGGAGGUUUUUGGUUCUUAAUGAACGCAUCAAAGCUGCAAGUGGUUGUGUAUGUUGCAUGAAGUAUCUCUAUCCUUUUGGAUGUCUCUUGAACCAGAUCGUGGUUGUGCAGCUUGUAUAUUAAUGCUAGCUAAUGUAGAAACAUAUCUUGACAUCGUAAAUUUUACACUGAGAUGGGAAGUGUGGAUCAAAGAACUGAUAUUUAGAUGGGAAAGAUGUUUUCAUGCCAUUCUGAUGCAAUGCCUUUAUUUG